AUGCUUCCGCCGGGCUUCACCUUCCAGCCCUCCGACCAAGAUCUCGUCCUUCACUUCCUCCUCAGGUGGAUCCAUGGCCUGCAGCUCUGUCGCAAUGUCGUCCAAGAGGCCGACGCCUACGCCCGGGAGCCGGAGGCGCUCCUCCGCGGCCGGCAGAAGGCCUACUUCUUCACCACCCUCAAGCCCUCCAGCCGCAACUCGUCCCAGGUGGCCCGCCGGGCAGGGAGGGGCACUUGGACGCUCAAUACCAGCAAGCAAGGCGAUCCCAUCAAGUUGGCCGUCGCCGGCGAGCACAAGGUCAUCGUGUGGUUCAAGCGCCACCUUUCCUUCCACCUCGGCAACGCGAAGAAUUCCACCGGCUUCGUCAUGGACGAGUUCUCGCUAAGCAGUAGUUAUGCUCCAUCCAAUGCCAAAGGCCGCCCGGGUCAAAAGGUGUUGUGUGUGAUAAGACAGACCCAGAGAGCCAUCAACGACGCAGCAAAAAGAAAAAGACAGCAGCUUCAAACGUGGUCGCCGCCGCCCACCCCUGCCGCCGGCGUUCGCAAAGUGUCCAACGCGCGUCUCCAAAAGCUCCAGCUGUUGUACAUCUUUAGAAGCAUGAAACGAUGGGGCUUGACCACCGCCGAGGAAGAAGCGCAGUUAAAGAAUUUGAUGCAUGAUCCACAAGUAGAUGAGAACCAUCCAACGAUCAAGAACAUGGUUGCACAGUUUGCGGAUCGAGCCAGCCAACUUGAUUCGAUUCAUCAUGGUUCUCUCUCUUGA